UUUCCCCAGCGCAGACACAGAGUGGGAUCCAGCCAGGAUCAGGGAGGGGCUGUUCGUCCGCGGGAAACGCUGUCAGCGCUUUUUUUUUUUUUUUUAAAAAAAAAAGCUAAACAGUUCGUUUCAUUGCCCCUGUGCCGGUUUCGAUUCCGAGGGUUCAGCCCAGCUCUCCUGAGGGCAGCCCCGAAAAUGAAAGCCGGCAAGUCCCUCCGCCUGCGCCGAACCGAGCCCGCCGCGGCCGGCGGGGCUGCCGAGGAGGAGCCGGGCCCGGGGGGCUGCCAGGCACGGCCCGGCGGGGCUGCCGAGGAGGAGCCGGGCCCGGGGGGCUGCCAGGCACGGCCCGGCGGGGCUGCCGAGGAGGAGCCGGGCCCGGUGACACCGCCCCGGGCGGCCGCGGAGGGACGGGCCGAGGGGGGCGGCCCGGGACAGGCCGCGCCUGGGGCUGCGGAGGCCGAGGGGCGCCCCAUGGGCCGGGGCGGGUUCCCCCGGGCUCCUGGAAGUCGGCUGGAAGCGGUGGCCGUCCUGGCGGCGAUCGGGGGGCUCGCUGUUGUCUUCUACAUUGAAGUAGUCGUGGGACGAAAAAUGUGUCCUAAGGGGGUGGAAAACUAUGUGGCAUCCAUAGUGCUGAGUGCAGUCGGUGACACGCUGGGAUAUUACAAUGGGAGAUGGGAGUUCCAGAAGAGUGGCCCAGUCAUCCACAAGGAGCUGGCAGACAUGGGGGGACUGGGCAACAUCAGCCUCCAGGGUUGGAUAGUCAGCGAUGAUACCGUGAUGCACUUGGCCACGGCCGAAGCCCUGGUAGAAGCUGGGAAAAACCCAAGAUUACCACAUCUCUACACUCUGCUUGCAAGGAACUACAAGGAGUGCAUGAAUGACAUGGAGGGCAGAGCUCCAGGUGCCAUGUCUCUGGAAAGCACCAUGAAGCUGGAUCCGGGGCAGCCGAACGGCUGGCGGAUCCCGUUCAGCCCGCGGGCAGGAGGCUGCGGGGCCGCCAUGCGCGCCAUGAGCAUCGGGCUGCGCUUCUACCAGCCCGCCCAGCUGGACACCCUGGUCAAAGUCAGCAUCGAGAGCGGCCGCAUGACCCACCACCACCCCACCGGCUACCUGGGGGCCCUGGCCUCAGCCCUCUUCACGGCUUACGCAGUGAACAGCGUCCCCCCCGUGGCCUGGGGGAAGGGGCUGAUGGAGGUGCUGCCACAGGCAAAAGCCUACGUGCAGGAGUCCGGCUUCUUCGUGAAGGAGAACAUGGAGCAAUGGUAUUACUUCCAAGAGCAGUGGAAAAAAUACCUGGCGGAGAGAGGCAUCUCGGACGGGGUCUCUUCACCCAAAUUCCCAGCCAAGUACGGCGUGGAAGAGAGAGACUCGUUCUACACCUCCCUCAGCUACAGUGGCUGGGGAGGCAGCAGCGGGCACGACGCGCCCAUGAUCGCCUACGACGCCCUGCUGGGCGCGGGGGACUCCUGGACGGAGCUGGCUCACCGCGCCUUCUUCCACGGAGGUGACAGUGACUCCACGGCUGCCAUCGCCGCCAGCUGGUGGGGCGUCAUUCAUGCCUUCAAGGGGGUUCCCCCCUCCCUCUACGCCCACCUGGAGUACAAGGACCGCCUGGAGAAGGUAGCCAAGGGUUUGUACAACAUCAUCUAGGCAGGAGGUGGCAGGGCACCCCACAGGCACACUUACCCAGCGGCCGUCCCAUGCUCUCUUGCUUGGUUUGCAAACCUGCCAGUUAAAUCUCAAGAAUGUAAGCCAGAGCCAGACCUGCCUUUUCUCUGUGUGCUGGCUUCAGUGGGGAGGCCACAUAGGUGCUAGCUUGGGGCUGGUGUUUUGACGGGAACACACAAUGGUCCCCCGAGACAUCGCUCCUGCGCUGCAGGGUGGCUGCACAUCACCUGGUCCUCAAGAGGAGCAGGAGCACCCAGAGCAGCCCUGCUGGUCCUGCUGCAGCAGCAGGACAGGCAGCAAACCCCACUCAGGCUGCCCAAAACCAGCAUCCUCCCCCUACAAGGGGAGCAGGGAGCACAAGCAGCCCAUUGUGUCUGGGGACAGCAGAGCUUUCUUAUAAAAUUAUUUUAGCAGGGGAUGGUUUUUGUUUCAAAUGAAUGUGGAAGAAAACCCCAAACCUGACCUUAAAGCUGUAUGAGCAGUGCAUUUUACCCAAUUCCACACCACUUCUGCAAUACAGGUAGGAAUGCAUCAUGCUACUUCCCUAUUUCAAUGAAUGUAGGAGAAUUCAAGACUCCUGAUGAAAUCCUUACUGAAGGCAAAAGUGGGUAAGGAGAAUUAAACAGGUUGCAUUGUACAUCAGCUUCUGUAGUGAACUAUGUCCUGCUUUCGUCAAGGUUACUAAAGGUAAUUUGCUUAACAUUUGCUAUGCAUAAUUCUAUUAAAAUAAGGUUUUUCUUCAAAUCCAGACUAUGACACAGCAAAGCACUUAAACUGUUUUCAGAACAAUUUCAAAACCAGUUUAUCCCAUUCAAUAAAAAGACUUGACAAGCCUCUGUUAAAUGUUGUGUUCUAUUAUGGCAUGGGUUGAGGGUUGGAUGGGUUAUGAAAUCAGAGGUGCCAGGUGUCUACAAGCUCCAGCUGCAAGAGGAGAUGUGCUACCA